UUAUCAAUUAUCUUUUUGAAAACCCAUGCAAGAUUCUCAACCAAGCAAAACCUCAAGUCCUAACAUUAGCAGUAGCAGUGGCAGUAGCGGUAGCAGAACUGCUUCUGCUUCUGCUUCUGCUUCUGCUGCUGUGAUUGCUGGGGCUAGUGCACCUCGAGUUUCAGGCUCCCAACGUGCUUUUCGUGGAGUUCGGCGUAGAAGUAGUGGAAAAUGGGUGUCUGAGAUUAGAGAGCCUAAGAAGCCUAAUAGAAUCUGGUUAGGCACAUUUCCUAACCCUGAAAUGGCCGCUGUUGCUUAUGAUGUGGCAGCGCUUGCGCUUAAGGGCCAAAAUGCAGACCUUAACUUCCCAAACUCGGCUGCUUCUCUGCCUGUUCCUGCUUCCACUUCGCCACGUGAUAUUCAGGCGGCUGCAGCCUCUGCAGCUGCUGCUAUUGGUGCUGCAAAGGAUGCUUUAGGGAUUCCGAAUACGGGGGAUAUUAAUCAAAUGGAACAAGAAAUUAGGCCAACGGUCGAUGAUCAGUUUGUUGAUGAGGAUUUGAUAUUUGAUAUGCCUAAUGUUCUUGUGAACAUGGCAGAAGGGAUGCUUCUUAGCCCUCCUCGCUUGGACAUUGCUGGUGAUGAGACCACAACCGCCUAUGACAACACUGGAGACCAGAACCUUUGGAAAUUCCCUUGAAUCCAUCCCUAUAUGAAUAUGAUAAGAAACUAUAUUGAGUAAUCUCCAAGUUAAAUAAUAAAAACAAAAAAAAUAAGUAAAAGUUAAGUCAUGGUAUCUUGUGUCCAAAUUCUGGGGCUGAUCAGAUGUAAGAUACAGUAAGUCGUAUUGGCAUGAGUGGCUUGUUCUCUUUAUUGUUUUG